UUUUGUUUAUUAGGAAGUUAAAAUAAAUUUUAUGUCGGUCGGUUGGUUUCAGUACCUUGGACAGCGCGUCGCAAAGCGCGCGCCUCCUUGCUCUCCUUGAUUCUGCAUGGUAUCGCGCAAAAAUACCGUCCUGUGCGGUUGAUUAGAUGCAGUCCGCGUGCAUCUCUGACUGGUGUCGUUUCCUCUGAAGCUGAUUUGGUGGUUUAUAAUCGCACCUCUGCGUCAGAUCAUCUGCUAAAUCUGACGCUCAUCCUUUAGUCCCCCAAAUAAAGAGAAGCGCGAAAAGCCAAUGACGCACCAACCGCACCUCACCCGCAUCUGAAAUGCACCGCAUUUCCAUAAUGUCCCGGCGGAGCUGUCUUUAUAUAAAGCGCUCAGCGCGUGAAGCAUCUCAUCACUCCAUCAAUUAAUCAGUCCAUCACUUCAUCCCUCAGGGAGGUUAAAGCUGCGCUCUGACCGCAUCCAUCCUCCUUACCGGGUGAUCCAUCGCCAUGAAGAAGGACAGCGUGGUCCAGAGCGCGCCCUUCACCGGCAGAAAGAGGAGUCUGAUAGAAGAUGCUCGAAGAGAAAGAGAAAAAGAGAGAGAGAGGGAGAGCACCUCAGCAUCUCCAGGUCCUUCACCCAGCGGAGAUAACUUCGUGUUCGAGGAGAAGAGUGGAAAAGUAACGCUCAGCGUGCUGUUCGCGCUGAAAAACGAGAAAAACGCCGGUUUCUUCAAAGCGGGGAAAGUUUUUGAGACGUUUGAGACGAAACUCCUUCAUCUCGAGAGCCGACCGUGCAGAAGAUCCAAGAACAGCUUAUCAUCAGACGACUUGGAGUUCUUCAUGAAGUGUGAAGUGCACAGUUCUGAUAUCGACUUUUUGAUCAACUCUCUAAAACGAGUGGCAGAAGAUGUGCGGAUCGUGCAGGAAGAAAAGGUUCCAUGGUUUCCACGAAAGAUCAGUGACCUGGACAAAUGCAACCACCUGAUUACCAAAUAUGACCCAGAUCUAGACCAGGAUCACCCAGGAUUCAGUGAUCUGGAAUACAGAAAAAGAAGAGCACAAAUCUCUGAACUGGCUUUCAACUACAAACACGGUGACCCACUACCGUGUGUUGAGUACACUGCAGAAGAGAUUACUACUUGGAGGGAGGUGUUCAAGACCCUGACGGAUAUCUACCCGACUCACGCCUGCAGACAGUUUUUAGAGGGGCUUCAACAGCUGGAGAAGGAGUGUGGCUAUGGGGCCGACAAAAUCCCUCAGCUCAGAGAAGUGUCUGCUUUCCUUAAAGAAAAGACAGGGUUCGAGUUGCGGCCGGUGGCCGGUUUGCUCUCUGCCCGUGACUUCCUGGCAAGUCUAGCAUUCAGAGUGUUCCAGUGCACCCAGUACAUCCGCCAUUCUUCAGCCCCCAUGCACUCCCCAGAGCCAGACUGCUGUCAUGAACUGCUGGGACAUAUCCCCAUGCUCACAGACAAGGAAUUUGCUCAGUUUUCACAGGAGAUUGGUCUUGCAUCACUCGGAGCUUCUGAUGAGGAUAUUGAAAAACUGUCCACACUGUAUUGGUUCACCGUUGAGUUUGGACUAUGCAAGCAGAACGGAGUGGUGAAGGCUUAUGGUGCCGGACUCUUGUCCUCCUACGGAGAACUUAUGUACUCUCUCUCCAACGAACCUGAAUAUAAACCGUUCAGCCCUGCUGAAACCGCAGUCCAGCCCUACCAGGAUCAGACGUACCAGGCUGUGUACUUCGUGUCUCAGAGUUUUGAGGAUGCAAAGAACAAAAUGAGGCAGUAUUCCUCCACCAUCCAGAAGCCCUUCACCAUCAGGUACGACCCAUAUACCUGCAGCAUGGAGGUGCUGGACAGCCCCAGCCAGAUCCACAGUGUUCUGGGCCAGAUCAGAGAGGAGCUGAAGAUUCUGCACUGUGCUUUAGAGAGACUGACCCAGAGCUGAACCUCACUCACGCCUCAGUCAUUAUUUAUUACACUGAACAUAACAGAGAUUUCAAAUUCAUAUAUAAAUAUAUAUUUUAAAUGUAAAUAUAGAUAAGUGAAAUGUAUGUUUGGCAAUCUUUUUCAAUACAGUUGAAAUGUGAGAAAGUGUAAACAUGUCUGUUCCAGCGAGAUAAAUGUGCAUAAAAUAAAUCUUUAUUUU